UAUUUCCUCCAGCUCAGCUCUGAUAGAAGUAAAGAUGUCUGCUUAAGCUGGACAAUAUUAAAUAUUUAAAAAUAUUCACAGAUAACUAAUCUUUUAAUGAAAAAUGAAUAUUAAUUAUAUAAAUACAUCAUAUUGGUUUUAUUAAUUUCUAGGUUUGGAUGUCUGUGAACCUUACAGCAGCUUCUGAUUGGUGAAAAGAACAUGUGAUGUUACUAAUAACAGGUCAGGGUCUAAAGUGGGUCGGGCUGAGGUAUAAAACUCUGCCCUGGGCCUAAAGCCCUGCAGAUGUAUUUUGUUUCUAUGCACACCAACAACAAGUAAAUAACAGCAGCUGAUUGUGCUUUGUUCCUUACACUGUCAUGAGAGGAGUCCGCCAGACUCUUCCUCUGUCUGUUCUACAGCAUCGGCAUGGCCGGCCAGGCUAGAGAGGAGUUCUGCACGAUCACACAUAAAACCACGAGCUCUUCCAGCUGAUUGGGUCUUUGGUAACUAGUGACAUCAGUUCAGUUCAGUUCAAGUAUUUCAUACGUCUUUCCUAGUGCCAGAACUCCCGAUCCAGUCCCAGCAUGUCUGUUCCAAAGUACUUCUACUCUCCUCCUGCAGCCUGCCGUCUCGCCCAACACGCUCGUCCGCUAGCCAGUGGCUAAUCAGUGUUGUUUACUUUAUCCCCACAACACUUUACUAACGGCGAUGUAGUUCUCCACGUGUUACUGAGACGCUCUGACACAGAGGGUUUCUUCUCAAACGUUACCUUUAGGCUUUGGUCUCCUUAUGCUGGUGAUCCAUGUGAGUUUACACGCAGCGUACACGGCGUCUCCCCGGCUCUAGCCAUGGCUAACUAGUAGCUCGGUAGCUCGUGACGCCCAUCUCCACCACGCCAGCCAUGAGCCACGAUUAGCUGGUGGAUAAGUCAGCAUUGUUGGGGCGACAGUGGCACAGGAGUUAAAUGCUCUCCCCGUAAUUGGAAGGUUGCAGGUUCGAGCCCCGCUCAGUCUGUCGCUGUCGUGUCCUUGGGCAAGACUAUUAACCCACGUUGCCUGCUGGUGGUGGUCGGAGGGACUGGUGGCGCCAGUACUCGGCAGCCUCGCCUCUGUCAGUGCGCCUCAGGGCAGCUGUGGCUCAUCCCCACCAGUGUGUGAAUGUGUGAAUGACUGAUUGUGCUGUAAAGUGCCUUGAGGGGUUCCAGGACUCUAGAAGGCACUAUAUCAAAUACAGGCCAUUUACCAUUUGUUUACUUGAUCUCCAGCAUGUCCCUGGCUCACCAACACUCCUGAACCAGCCGUAGUUAAUGAUCAGUCAGUGAUCGCUCCACAUCCAUAUAAGCUGGUAGCAACAGCCAGUUUGUUUACAUCGAGCGGUGCGCUCCAUGAUCCACGUGAAAUGGGUGUUGUGGGAAAUUAUGUUCCCCUGAAAUUAGGGCUGAAACGAUUCCUCGAGUACCUUGAAUAAUUCGAGUACAAAAAAUCCUUGAGUCAAAUUCUCUGCCUCGAGGCUUCAUUUAAUUCAUGUUUAAUUAAUUCAUGGCUUUGCAAUCGCCCGUGGUCAUGUUUCACCCGGACCAACAUAAGUGACGCACAUACACACUGAACAGAAUGCACACGCGAGUAGCGAAUGUAACUUAACUUUCUCUUAAGCCAUGGCGGACAACGUGGACCCCGGUGGAGUGCGAAAAAGACACAAAAUGUCAAAGGUGUGGGACCAUUUUUCACGUCGUAAGGCGGAAAACGUAGUCCAGUGUAAAAACUGUAAAAUGGAUUUAGCCUACCACAACACCACAUCCUCAAUGCUGCAACCUGACCAGGAAACAUCCACAUGUGAACGUCACUUCUGCAAGCGGACUCGGAGCCUCUACAAGAUGAUGCAUUUUAGCCUGUAUUUCUAUAUAUUCUGCGGACACUGUGUGACUUUUUCAUUUGUAGCACUCAGUUUCAGCUCACACCGUACGUCUGGUAGCAACACGUCGGACUUAAAAUGUGCUAAAAAUAGCAUUUUUUACAUCACGUCGGACUUUUUACUGUGUUAUCGAUGUCCGUUGUCCCUCAGCAUUGCUGCAGGAGGACACAGGUUUUAUGAGCGGCGGAGGAAAACGAAAGAACGUAAAUAAAUGAUUUGUGAUCAGUAUAAUUUGACAUAACCACGGCAAACAUGCUUUCGACAAUCCUUGUUACUGUGAAACAAAAAAAGUGUAGAAAUAAAAACGAACGUGUGUUAAUAGGGAAACAGCUGGCGAGCCAAGUUUGCUCAUGCGCCGUGAGCGGUUCUGGUUCUGUUUGGGCCGCAGCCGCCCGCAUUUGUUUACUGUGAAGUAAGUUGAAGUGCUGAAGUUUUGAAAACUAAUUUUGAAUAAAACUUGAAGAAUAACUGGCAAUUGCUUUCUCAUUUCAAGAGGUCUUUCAUAUUUUAUAACAUGCUAUUUGAUGUAAUGGUUUAAAAACGCAAAAGAGUAAUUUAUUAGAGUUCUCGAUUAAUUGAUAAAAGAUUCGAUGGAGUACUCGAUUACAAAAAUAUUCGAUAGCUGCAGCCCUACCUGAAAUAUUCUGUUUCCCUUAGGCAGUCGAGAGCAAAUAUUUCCAAAUCCACUGAACUUAUUGUCCAUUAUGGAGGACUGAACUACCGUAAAUCCUCUAAUACAGGCUCGGGCCUGUAUUUGACUCAAGCUCAUCAAGCUCCAGGCCUUUAUUGGAAGGAGGGCCAGUAUUAGAGGCAGGCCUCUAUUUCUAUUUGAGCAAAAUGAACUAAUGGUUCACUGGAGUUUUUGACAAUUAAAAGUGCGCCCACAUUUUCAAAGUUAAACACAUUUCUUUUAACAACGGUAGUUCCUGCUUCAGCCCUCUCCCCCCUCCUCCUGCGCAGCGGCCGCAAACUCACUGAUGCGCCUGCAGCCUCUCGGAGUUCCUGCUGCUCUAAACAUUAAAAUAUUUAUUUCAUUUUCUGUUCCUCACUUCUGAUUACCUUCAAUGGUGUCUGUUUGUUGCAACAGCAGGUACAAAAACUAACUUGUUUUUAUUUGACUAUUUUUCUGUCCUGCCUGUUUAUUAUCUUCCUGCAUCUCCUCUCAAUCCUAAAGAGAAACUGCUACCUGGGUUCAUAUAUAUUCACCUCAUGAGUUACCUUUGAACUGCAGUUCUAAAAGAUCUACCGACCGCAAAAACAGCGGAGCGCUUGCUGUUUGGCGGCCGUAUCAGUGAUCAGUGCGUCGGAGGAGAAGGUGAUGCGCGCAGCGCCCCGCUCCACAGCAUGCAGCGAAACACAUCAGGCGCAAAUAAAAGACAGAAAACAUUAAAGGAAAUGAACUGACAUGAACGAUCGCGUGUUAAAUUAGUUUUUGAGGUGGCGACACCUGAUUGUUACUGUGGCCGUGCUCAGGAGGCAGACCUACCGACCGCGAAAACAGCGGAGCGCUCCCUGCUGUGAUCUGUGCGUCGGAGGACAAGUUGAUGCGCCCCGCUCCACAGCAGCGAUACACAUCAGGCGCAAAUAAAAGACAGAAAACAUUAAAGGAAAUGAACCGACAUGAACGAUCGCGUGUCAGUACCUACGGUCUGGCACUUGAGUUUUACCCCCAAAAAGGAGAAUGUGAUCAUACGAUAAUUCAAUAGGGAGCGUGGUUUCACAGACGCGGAAGUGAUAGCGUCGGUGCUCUAGGAAACCCCCGAGCGUUCGAGCGUCAACGAAGUGACACGGAAAUGCCGGGCUUUCCAGAAGUAAGUAAGAUAACUUACUAUGAGCUGAUAGUUCGUUGGAUUGAUCGGUACGUUGGAAACUCUGAUCGUGAAUCUGAAGAAACGAUGACUGAGUGGUGAGCUGGAAAGGCGACUUCCGUUUAUAGCCGCGGUUUGUGACGUAGGUGCAACGUUAGGGAAUCCCCGUGAGGGGCAUGCUGGGAGUCCCUACUUCACGGAUUUUCACCUAUCGCGGCCAGGUCUGGAACGCAUCUACCGCGAUAAACGAGGGAUUACUGUAGUUCAUACACCCCCUACUGCUGCUCCCCAGAGUGUUCUACAGCAUAAUCAGCACGUUCUCUUUGAACUUGAUAGUGUAAUGACCUGGCUGGGGUUGUAAGCCAGGUGCAUUCUGGGUAUUGUGUUAUAUGUGUUUCCUAUCGUUCUGCUAGUUCCUAUGUGCUGAUUUGCGUGUUGUGUGAGUGUUAUGUAAGCCACAGGGAAGGUGAUGUGUGUUCUGUGGAGCGGGUUGAAUUAGCAUGGUUAACUGACACCGUGACUCUGUGUGGUAGGAGCGUGAUAGAGGAUCGUAUCUGUAGCGUUACAAAGCGUUGAAGAAAAAGCCUAAAAAACGUCUGCGUGAACUUCCACUGCCUCCUGCUGGUUAAUUUGGGGACUAUACUUCUGCCCCUGGGACGCUCGUACUUGCUUGUUACCACAUUUCAUCCGGCCACAAUAAGAGACCGGCCAUUAUUUACCUCCGCUGACUCCGACACCGGCCAGAAUUGGAGACCCGGCCUCUAAUUGAAUACCGGUCUGUAUUAGAGGAUUUACGGUACCUCAAAUAAAAGAUGUUAAACUGAGUGAGAUUACAUCUUUUUACAUAACUUCCAAAAAUUAUAAAUAAGCUUGCUGCAAAAGAGUGAACAAGAAUGUUUUUACUAUAUGUUUUUUUAAUUGUUUUUAGGAGGAAAUACAGAUAAAAAAUCACAAGCAUAACAUUAUUACAUUACAUUACAUCAGUUUCCCGUAAAAGUUGAUCACAAAUGUUGUGAAAAUAGCCAGAAGUGCGAUCUCCCAACACGGGGGACAGAACAUUUCAGGGAAACACAAUUUCUCACAACACUGUCCUGACCUCUAUGGAACUAGGAUUGGGACAAUAUUCAGCGUAACUUGUACCAAGUUUUGUAACUUUGAACAUGUUUCAUCACAUAUAACUUUGCAUUCGUAACUUGUAACUUUGGAUUCGUAACUUGUAACUUUAGUUUUCUAACUUGUAAUUCUCAAUUUGUACUUGUAUUUCUUGUUUUGUAACAGGAACAUUGUAUUUUGUACAUGUAUUUUUUAUUUUGUAAAAUCAAACUUUUAUUUUGUACAUUUACUACUCAUUUUGUAACAUCAAACAUUCAUUCAGAAACAUGAAACUUUCGUUUUGUAACUAGCAGACUUCCAAACUGAAAUAAUCAAGGUACAAGUUUGAAAUCAAAACUCUCAAAACACACAUUUCAUUCUACAGGUACAAACCUCAAAUCUACAGUGUUACAGAUCUUUUUGUCUCGAUUCUAGCGUCAGUGGGAGGAACUUGGAUGGAACCAAUGAGAGCAUGAGUCUUAGCUACCAAUCACGUUUCUUGAAUUCCUGUCCAAUCAUUGGGAGAGGAGGGCAGGGUUCUGUCAGAGCUGUAGAGAGUUAUGACACUCCAAUAGACUCCUAUGGAACGGGGAAGUCACGUGGUUCAUGUAGCUUCGAAUAGUUCCAAACAGUCCCGCUGCUGCAUUGACUGUAUUUCAUUUUCAGUGUUUCUGAAGGAUUUUCUCCGGUAAGUUGACAAAAUGUCAUCAUUUUGUUGCAAUGUGAAGCAUUAGCUAACCGCUUCGUACCAAAAUAAGCCAAUGACGAUAUUUUAUGUUCCAAGUUUUAGCUAGAUAACCUUUAAUGAGCUAACUGUGUGCAGCUGUGUUUAUGUAACGGACGCUGAGUCGCGUCCUUCAGUCUUUUAAACGAGGAAAAUAACAAACCCGCAAAAUGGUUAAAAUUAGCUUAUCGAUACAGUAUCAGCUACGCAGUAAAUGAACACGAUGGAAGCCCAUUAGCUGUGGGUUAUAGCUCAGUACACAGCAAAUUGAAAAGUGUUACUUUUCCAGAGUUUGAGUAUGUAGAGUUAUAUUUUUUACACUGCAGAGUAUAUUAAUAAUUUAAUACACUUCCCGUGUUGAUAGAGUGACUCCUACUGGUGUCAGUUGUUUAAGCAGGAUUGGUGAAGAGUUUUUCCUGUCCUUACUAGCUCUCUUGGUGUUCAUUUGUGAUUGAGUCUCCACGGUUCUCAUUUCACGUAUCGUGCGUGUUUACGUCAUGUGUGUCUGUUGACGCCGACGCCUGCAGGCGGCCAAAGGAAAGUUUUUGGCGGGACGGUCCUCCAUUUGGUUUACGGAGCGGUGGAAGAAACAGUGAUUUUCCAGACAACAUAGCUUACAGGUAAGGCAUAUAUUGAUGGAAUUUUAAUUUCGAAGACAACGUUUAAUAAACUGGCCGCUAGAACUGGUACAUAUUGUCAUCAUUAUUGCCUGGCUUUUAGUUUAGGAGGAACUAAUUUGCUGUUGCUAACUAAAGACGACGCAAAAUAUGUAUUUAUACACAACUCUCAAUUUUAAAAUGCAGUAAAUAAAUGCCAUGGAAGCUGUCUUUAACUGAAGCUAUUUAGCAAGAAACCCAGGGAAUACUUUAUGUUGUAUGCCAGCAGUAAUGGAAAAUGUGCUUUGUAGUGAUGGGACGAGCUAAUUUAACGUAGCAGUUUUUUCCCCGAAAUACUAGUUUUCUUUUUGAAUUGCAGUUCUGCUGACUCCCGCCUUUACAUGCUUUAGCAAUCGUGGAGAAUGUGUUUAUUCCCAGAAUUUUUCAUAAAGCUAAUCCUAAAAACAUUGAAGAAAAGCUUGAAGACCCAGGCGGUGUACACUCUAGUGGCGAGCACGUUUACAAAUCAUCCAACCCAGGAGUGGCACUUUAUUUUCCGCCUAAAUGGUGACAUUUUCCCUUCGGACUUAGUAAGCUAGCAAGAGUUGCAAAGCAAUUCCCCACCAUGGACAACAGAGGGCGUUGCGCUUUUCUGAAGAAUCCUGCCACCAUUAUGAUUGAUCGCUGCAGUUCUCCGUCCUCAGUCUCCAUCAAAGUUAUUUGAAAAAAAAAAAAAAAAAAAAAAAACGAGUUUUACAUCCUUGUCUGUUAGUGCAGCCAGCCACCCAGCAAGUAGUUACCAUUUUACUGUAAAAUCAACUAAAUAAAAGCAAUAAAAGGCAACAGACAGGCUUCUUAGCUUCACCGGAGUUUCAACGUGUAUAAACGGUCUCAUUCAAUUCAAAGAUACUUUAUUAUUUUGCCAUCCAUCAUGGUGAACGAGCCGAUCCCAUGUGUGGCGUGACGUCACAUGCAAAGGGUCAAUACCGACGCAGACAGAGAAGUAUAAAUCCGGCUCAAAGACUGAAAACUGGGUGUUUCUUUGGAAGGAGCCUUGAAAAGCUAAGUAGGAGCAAUCGAUUUCAGUUGGGGAAACAAAAUAAAUCUGGACUAAAGAUGAGAAGGUUUCCACUGUGCAAAGGAAUGCAUAUUAAGGUUAUUGCUAUAUGCUGGCUGCUGUGAUUCUUUUUCUUUUUUUCCAGACGAUGCUUUUCAAAGUGCAGUAUAUAGGGAAAAAACGCUAUAUCAAGCUCAAUGGAGCCUCAUAUUCUACAUUCCUCAGUCAAGCCAAGGAGAAGUUUGGCAUCCAAGAUGAUAAAAGGAUGUAUCUUGUGGAUGAAACUGGGACAGAAGUAGAUGAGGAUGUCUUUACUGAUGUUCUGGAGGAGAAAUCAGACAUUAUCUGGACCCUCGUUGAUGCCUCUUCUGUAGAAGAAUCUUCGGUGCAGUCCUCAUGCACAGACACGCUCUCCUUGUCAUCUUUUUCAUCAGACAGCGAGUUAUCUGUUCUGUCCCCUAAAAGACGUCGCAUUGAUGAAACCACGAUGAUGUCCCCAAGAAGAGAUCAAAAUGACGACGCUUCUUUUCAAGCCAAAGAGCUUGUUGAAAAACUUCUGCAAACCAAGCCAGGAGGUGAGAAAAUACUCAAAGAAUACAGACAAACAAGAGAGGUUAAGGACCCAUUACGGCGGAAGUUGGUCAACAUGGUUGUAUCGGCGAUGAUUGAGCAGUAUGGGACUGCUCCACCAAUGGAUGUAAGGACACGUUAUGCAUUAGGAAUCGUCACCCUGUUUCCCUGUCUGAAAGACCCAUACUCUGAAAAAGGAUAUGAGCACUUUUUUGAUUCCAAAAGUAAUGAAGGCUACAUCGCUUGGAAACUAAAAAACAUGCAGCGUGAACUCCAUGGUGGCAGGAGAAGGAGCAGCACAAGUAGAGAUCCAUCAAGCAACAGAGGACCACAGUUUGGAAGACCCGUGAAUGCAGAGCAUCAGUUGGAGGGCGAUCUGUGCAGAGAGGCCAUUUCCCUGCUGAGACACAGCACAGAUGAAAGCCAGAUCUUCUUGAAAAUGGAACAAACAUUUAAGCACAGACAAGAACUAAUUCAGGAUUCAGAGAAGUGUGAGACCAUCCUUAGUGUGUUCCCAAGAUUCCUGGACACAAAAGGCCUGGUGGUACAGGAUUUCCAGAUGAUGUUUGGAGAAGAAGUCUCAUCAAAACUAAUGGAAAAAUGGGGAACCUCUUUGAAGGUGAAAGUCAUCAAAGAAGCCAACAACCUCACAAAGACACCGGUACUGGAGUCUCUCAUUCAGUCUGCAGAGGAGAGCCCAGAAGGAAAUGAUGAAUCAACUUGGGACAGUGACAUGGCAGCUCUGUUAUUGCUGGUUUACCUCCUACCUCCACCACCCGGUGGGAAGAAGAGACCUGUAAAGAUCACCGUUCGAGAAGCUCUGAGCCAUGUUGUCCGCUUUCACAAAUCAUGCCGCAACCUUCAAGAGACGACCAGUUCAGUCCAGGGGAGGCAGCCCUACAUUCUGGCGGUUGGAACAACACGUUGCACCAUCAAUGACUACUACAUUGUGGUGGAUGGUCAGCUCAUUCCCUGCAAGGCUAAGUCCUCUAUUUCAGCCUUUGACAAACUUUUCAAAGCGCACUAUGUGUUUGGCAUCUCUUACGAUCAGGCCCUGCACAAUAUGUAUACAUUUGUGCAGACCACCAUUUAUAAUAUAGAUGUUGGUCUGUGUCAUGAAAGUCCUAGGGUGAAGGAUCUUAGAGCAAAGCUCCUCAACUGAAUCAGCUACACAAAAAGAUGCUUCGAUGUUUUGUUUGCAAGUCUACCUUUUGCACUGUCAAAGGCUUGGUUCGGCAUCUGAAGUUUUCUCAUGGAUUUUACCCUGGUUUGAAAUUUAAACUGUUAUGUGACCAAGAUGGAUGUUGUCAGAGGUUUUGCACCUUUUCAGGAUUUCGAAAACACCUUCAGAACAAGCACAGAGCUAGAAUUGUAGAUAAUUUUGAGGAAAAAACUAAAUCAGCAGUAAAUCACUCAUUUGAGCCAUCUUGUGCUUUUGAAGAGCCAUCUUGUUCUUCUGAAGAACAACCACAAAGUUCAACUAGCAGUGAAAUGGAAAAAAAAAAUACUCAAGACAUGUGUGCAUCUGUGAUUGCAAAUCUUCUAGGUUGUGGUGUUGCAACCAGUAUAAUAAAGUCCGUUGUUCAAAAUGUGGAGGAACUUGUAGAUGAAAUUCAAACAAAUAUCAAAGAAGAUCUUCUAAACAUAUGUUCUGACAAUGAGGAUUUGAAUGUCCAGUUGGGUAAUUAUUUCAAAAAUCUUGAGAAUCCAUUCAGUAAUGUUAACACAGAGGCAAAAUGGAAGAAACAUUUUAUAGAGAAAUGGGGGGUUAUCGAACCCAUUGAGAUUGCCCUUGGUGUCCGAUAUGAUGCAAGAAGAAAUCAAACCUCUUGUACAUAUGAUCAGGUUCCAGUAACAGAUAAGUUUGUCUACAUUCCCAUAUUAGAGACGUUAAAAUUCAUUUUUUCCAACAAAGAGAUAUUUAGCAAUUUUGUUCAGCCUUCAAAUCAACAUUUUGUGUACAAAGAUUUCUGUGAUGGAAGUUAUUUUAAAUCUCAUCCCCUCUUCUCCAACAACGAAAAUGCUCUCCAAAUUCAGAUUUUCUUUGAUGAGUUUGAAACAGCAAAUCCACUUGGGUCAAAGCAUGGCAUUCAUAAAAUUGGAAGUAUUUACUUUGUUCUUAGAAACCUGAGUCCAAAAUUUAAUUCUGCUCUCAUGAAUAUCCAUCUCAUUGCACUAUUUCACAGUCAAGAUAUGAAAAAAUAUGGCAUUAAUGCAAUCUUGGAGCCCCUGGUACAUGAUCUCAAAAUCCUUGAGUCCUCAGGAAUCACUCUUCCUUUUUCCAAAAGUCCAGUUCAUGGAACAGUUGCGCAAGUCACCGGGGACAAUUUAGGUUUGCAUACACUGCUUGGAUAUGUUGAAUCUUUCAGUGCAAACUAUUUUUGCCGUUUCUGUUUGACUGACAAAGAGGUCUGUCAAAAACUUUUUACUGAUGAUGACCCAGACUUGACCCUUCGCAGUAAAGAACUCCAUGUUCAGCAUUGCCGUGAUAUACAGGACCCUGCAGUAACAUCAUCAUUUGGGGUGAAGAGAAUGUGCAUACUCAAUGAUCUGCAGUAUUUUAAUGUUUCUGACAACUAUGCUGUAGAUAUUAUGCAUGACAUAUUGGAGGGAGUAGGGCAGCUGGAGUUAAAGUUGCUGUUUGGAUACCUCUCAGACAACAAAAUAAUUUCCAAAAAUGAGGCAACUGAAAGAAUGUACUCGUACAACUAUGGAUUUCUUGAACGAAAAAACCGUCCCAGCAGAAUAAACCUAGAGCAAAUGAGUAACUCAAUAGGUCUAAAUGCUAUUCAGACAUUUUGUUUGAUCAGGAAUGUACCACUGAUAUUUGGAGAUGUAGUUCCAGAAGGCAAUGCACACUGGAGACUAUUGCUACUGCUUCUUCAAAUAAUCAAUCUUGUGUUUUCACCAGUCAUUACAGAAGGCAUGACUGUAUAUCUGAAGCAUCUCAUUAUUGAUCAUCAUACGCUAUUCAAAGAGCUGUACCCACAACAGAACCUCAUACCCAAACACCACUUCAUGACACAUUAUCCUCGAAUCAUACGAAAAAUUGGCCCAAUUAUUCACUUUUGGUCAACCAGAUUUGAGGCCAAGCACAGGUUUUUUAAAAACACUGUAAAAAAUUUCAAAAACAUUACCAAGACUUUAGCUCAAAAACAUCAAAUGGCAAUAGCAUACCACUGGGAGUCAUUGCCUUUGAAAAGCAUUGAUUCUGGACCUGUUAACACAGUAAAAAUAAGCGAGUUAAGAAAUGGUGACAUGGUGGCUGAUAACCUGCACGUUAACAUGAACUAAGAGGUUGAUGUGGUAUCUUGGGUUGCAUGUUAUGGAACUGAGUAUCGCCCUGGACUUGUUGUGUGCUCAAAGAUUGAAGGGGGAAUACCAGUAUUCAGUCAAAUAAGUGAAAUUAUUGUUUGUGCUGGGAAAUAUUUUCUGGCAGUGGAACACUUUGAGACGCUAGGAUUUGCUGAGCAUUUUCACUCGUACCAUGUGGCAAAGGGAAGUGAGUUUGAUACUUCUCUGUUGAGGGUUGAUUUGUUGCAGUUUUUCAAACCAUUUGAUCUUCAGACAACUUACGGUUUUGAGAGGAAUGAUUUGUUCGUGGUUCUUGUGCAUGUGCUGUUAUAGCAGACAUCAAAAAAGUAAAAGAUAUUUUUGUUUUAGGAUAGGUCCAGUUUGGUGGGUGAAAAAGCACUUUUGUUUUAGAGACAAUUGCACAACACCUGUUUAUGAAACAGAUUCUGCUUCUUUGCAUCAUUUGUUCCUCAUUUUGAGAUUCAUUGUACAGUAAACAUGAAGACUAUAUGCUUAAGUGACUGAAGGAUGUCCUUUGUUUUCUCACAAUUUUUGUGACAAAUUGUAACACAUUUUAGUGUUUCCAUUUUCAAAUAAAUAUUUGAAAAUUC